AUGGACGCGGUGAAAACCCGGAAAAAAGACCGGAGAAAAGACAAACAAGAUGGCGGCGACACACCUGGCUUGCCGGACGACCAGUCAGAUGCUGAAUCAAUCUCCUCCAAACUAUCGGACUCAAUGAUCACAGAACGAAGUCUGCAUAGAAUGCUGCAAGACCUCCGCUCUACCAUUAGGAAGGAUUUCCUACAAAUUGACAGUGAACUGAGGAAGGAAAUUUCAACACUGGGCGAAAGAACCAGCCAUCUUGAAAACAAAUCCGACGAGCUGUGUGUAGCUCACAACGAAGUUGUUGAUAAACUUCAGAAACAGACAACAAUACGCUUCAAUUAA